AUGGAUGAAGUCGGUGACGUGGAUAUCAAACACGAGCGACCCCAUCCGUACGGCCAACCACCGCCAGGUCCUAUCCACCGUAUGCCACCAGCCGAGACCCCUACGUCGUACAGCUAUCCUCCUCCGCCAGGCGCAGGUAUGCCACCGCCGGCGCCGGCGUGGAACCCGACGCCCUCACCCUACAACGAUUCCGCGGAACACCGUCCUCCGCCCCCAGACAUCCCUCAUCAAUCGCCUUAUCCUCCACCACCUCAGUCCUCAUAUCCUCCAACCCAUCCCCCACCGAGUAGAGAACCCUCUGGUUAUCCUCCAGACCCAGGUUACGGUCGUCCAGGCAGUGUAUCGGGCCCUUCCAGGUCCCCAGCCGAUGUUCAACAACAACAACCGCCCCCAUAUCACCCUGUGAGUAGCAAUCCCCACGAAGCUCCGUACUAUCCCCCCCCAACCGACUACAGACCGCGUCAUGCCUACCCAGGGCCCGAACCCCAGAUCAACGGAACUCACCAGCAGCCUCCGCUUCACGUUGUGACAGGUCAUGAGAUGAUGCCUGGGCAGCCUCCGGGCCCACCGGCUUAUGGCCCUCCUUCAGCGGGCCCAAUUCCGCCGGCCGGUCCGUACGCAUACCCUUAUCCCUACCCUCAAGAACACAGACGGAAACCGGUUCGGGCCGCACAAGCUUGCGAUUCGUGCCGUCAACGAAAGGCGAAAUGCGACGAGGGCAGACCCGAGUGUCAACAUUGUAAAGACAAUGGGCUGAAAUGCUCAUAUCGAGAGAUCCCCCCACAAAAAUCAGAGAAGCAAGUUCUUGCUAUUACCGCUCAGUUAGACUCUUUGGCCGAGGACGUGAAAACGUUGGCACAGAAAGCUCAGGAGCGGGACGAGAAGAUGGAUCAACUCCUCAAGCAACAAGAUGACAAGAUCAACCUGUUGCUAGAUCAUUUCAUGCAGGCACGAGCGGAACCUCCUGCGACCGUCGACGUAUUAAUGGCAGAGUCCAUGGCAGAGCAGCAAAGUUCGACUGUGAUCAAAUCGCGGGAAGCACCCAGUCCCGCUCCACCACCACCGCAUCCGAUGUUCCGCCGGCAGGGGAGUUCCGAAAUCAGGUCUGGCUACUCGCAGUCCCAGAACCCAUCGGCCGCGUCCGUCAUGAUGCAAAUGCGAAAUUCUGAGACAGACAGCAUGGAUACGCCUAUGCCGGCCAGGCAUACAACCGCCGCGCAGAACCUCGUUGCUUGGCCAUCAAUCAAGGCCCUGAUCCCCAGAGGGAUAACCCCGUCGUACGUGUUGGACGAGGAAACCAGCAGAGGCCUCUUGAGACUUUAUGGCUGCGGUGAAGGCGAGGACAAAGGCGAUGGGCAUGAAGGCGCUCCGAGUCCAGCUCACAGCAACUCAUCUGAAGGGCGACGCACGGAUGACGACACGUCUUCAUCACCGCACGGGGUUUGGGGAAGCGGACAGUUGCAUGUGCCGAUGGCAAAUCAGAACCAUACUGCUCGGGAACACCCCGGUGGCCUGAGCCCUAGUGGUGGAUUGAUGCUGGAUUCGGAAGCAGUCGAUCGAUUCUUUCGGAGUUUUAUGGAAAAUAUGCAUAUCCUACACCCCUUUCUUGAGCCAAAAGUCCUCCGGAUCAUGGUUCAGUCCUUCAAGAGAAAGUACAGUUGGGAUUAUCGGGCCGCGCAACAGGUUACGGCUAUUGGCAAUAAGCGCAAGCGGGAGACGACUGACUCGCCGACCUCAAUGGAUGACUAUAACAGUAGUCGCCCCCACCAGCCCAGGGGUUAUAAUACCGCAGUGGCUCCAAUCGAGCAUUCGGUUGCAAAUGCCAUUGUCUUGCUGGUGUUGGCGCUGGGCAAGAUCACCUCACAUCGCGAUCCUUUGCCAGGACCUGCGUCAACGGCCACGAUGCGCACUUCGACACCCCAUAGCGCGCUGUACUCGGACCUUCCGAUGCCCAUGUCGGCGCCCACCUCUCCAUUUAACCAUCAGUCCAACUUGAACGGCACGGUUUCGAGUCCAGCAAAUCCGCAGGGCAAGAAUAUGGAUGUCAUCCCGGGACUCGCGUACUUUGCCAUAGCUGCAGACAUCCUGGGAGAGCUGCCGGGAGGUGCCGAUGUAUCGCACAUUCAAGCCUAUCUACUUGCGGGUCUGUAUAUGGGGCAACUAGCACGCAUCCUGCCGAGUUAUUUCUAUAUCAACAAGGCUUGCGUUGCAGCUCAAAUCCUCCUCGAGUCGACCCCUUAUGUAAACAACACCAUGAAGCCCGCUCGUCGGAAUUUAAUCAAUUUUGCAUUCUGGUCAUGCUUACAAUUAGAGAGCGAUAUUGCAGCCGAGUUGGAAUUGCCUCUUAGCGGGAUUGGUCGCUAUGAGAGCCCUCAGCACAAAGAGUUUCCGACGAGUAUUACACUAGAGAGGAUUCCAGAGUCCGCUGGGGACGACGACAUACUGAGGUUCUAUUCCUACCAAAUCCAACUGCGGACCACGAUCAACAGUGUCCAUGCCACACUUUAUAGAGAAUCGAAGAAUCUCCACACAAAACCAAGCGACAGCAUAAUGUCGGCUCUGGACGACAACUUGGAAAACUGGAGAAAGAUGCUGAACGACUGGGAUUGGGACGACAACGACCACGAGAGUCCGAACAUCAACGUUGCCCGGAUGCGAGGAAAAUAUUACGGUGCUAAAUACAUUAUCUGGCGGCCAACUCUACGGUAUGCCCUGUCACAGGCAGCGAUUCCCACCACCAAACCCAUCAAAAGCCGACCAUCAGAAUCGCCUGCGGGCUACGGGCAAUCAUCCGAGGUGACUUCGCCAGCAGUUUCGCACCUCAAUACUCCUCAGCAAUAUGGCAGAGACGUUCCCUCCAUGCGUCCUGAAUUGUUAGAAGGCUCGAGGAAGUGUAUCGAGGCCGCAAUUCGCAGUACUACGUCCUUCGACAAAGUUCCCCGCCGUCUCGUUGUAACCAACAUCUUCGGCACGGCUCACGCACAAUUCGGGAACAUGCUGGUGCUGUAUGCGACCUACACCUCGCCUCACCCAGGGUUAAGCUCGCUGGUGCAGGAAGACGUGUUACGGCGGUUGCACGACCGUACAGUCAGAAUUUUGCGGGAGAGUGAGAACAUUUCACCGGUGCUAGCCAAGGAUCUGAAGAUCCUGGAACACGUGCGCAUGAAGGUGUUCCCAUCCUCGGCGUAUCCUCCCGCAAGUACUGGUUCCAGCUUUUCCUCGAGUCGAUAA